GUCGCACUACAAAAUACAAAAGUAAAGCCAGAUUCCAGAGGACUCCAGACACAAGUUUUUAACUCGUAAAACAAAAAACCUUGAUCUUCAAUUGGAGUUGUUAAUAAUCACGGUUAAAGAAAAGAUGGGCAGAAAAUUCUUCGUGGGUGGCAACUGGAAAUGCAAUGGGACAACUGCAGAGGUGAAGAAGAUUGUUACUUCAUUGAAUGAAGCUGAAGUCCCUUCAGAAGAUGUUGUGGAGGUUGUGGUGAGCCCUCCGUUUGUGUUUCUUUCUUUAGUGAAAAGUUUAUUGCGGUCUGAUUUCAAUGUCGCGGCACAGAACUGUUGGGUGCGGAAAGGUGGUGCUUUUACCGGAGAGGUUAGUGUGGAGAUGCUGGUGAAUUUGGGCAUUCCCUGGGUAAUUAUUGGUCACUCUGAAAGAAGACUUAUUCUAAAUGAGUCCAAUGAGUUUGUUGGGGAUAAGGUUUCUUAUGCACUUUCUCAAGGCUUAAAGGUUAUAGCUUGUGUUGGGGAGACUCUUGAGCAGAGAGAAUCAGGAUCUACAGUGGCUGUUGUUUCCGCGCAAACAAAAGCAAUCGCAGAUAAAGUAUCGAGCUGGGAGAACAUUGUUUUGGCUUAUGAGCCAGUUUGGGCAAUUGGAACUGGGAAGGUUGCAAGCCCUGCUCAGGCUCAGGAAGUCCAUUUUGAAUUGAGGAAAUGGCUUCAUGACAAUGUUUGUGCUGAAGUUGCUGCAUCAACCAGAAUCAUUUAUGGAGGUUCUGUAAAUGGAGCAAACUGCACGGAGUUGGCAACACAGCCAGAUAUGGAUGGAUUUUUGGUUGGCGGAGCUUCCCUUAAGCCGGAGUUCAUUGACAUUAUCGAGUCAGCUACAGUGAAGAAGAAUGAUUGAGGUCAAGAGGAAAAAAAAAGCCUUUGAGUUAUAAACUUAUAAUUGUAUCAGCUGCGAAUAAGGAAAACCUUGUGGUUGUGUUGCCGAGCACACUCUCAAUGUAAUAAGUAACAAUUCCUUUGUAACGAAUGUAAUUUGAUUCAGUUGAAGUAUGAUUGUGAAUUUGUAGAUAAAA